AUGACAGGUCUAAAACAGGACAAAGAUGGAUGGGUCCUAGUAACAGGUGGCGCCGGUUACAUUGGAUCGCAUGCGGUAGCUGAAUUGAUUGAAAGUGGCUAUAGAUGUAUAGUCGUGGACAACUUUAGUAACUCAUGCUACGAGCCGAUCGCCAGGUUAAAAGUGCUGCUUGAAACUGAAAUCCCUUUUUUUAAAGUCGACCUGACAGACGCAGACGGACUUGAGAAGGUGUUUCGAAAAUUCAAGAUUGAUUCUGUUAUUCACUUUGCAGGGCUUAAAGCAGUUGGAGAAUCCACUAAAAUACCUCUGAGUUACUAUUACAAUAACAUUACAGGGACCUUGGUACUCCUAGAUAUUAUGAAGAAGUACGGGACUGAGAUGCUAGUGUUUUCUUCAUCAGCGACAGUAUACGGUGACGCCACAAGGUUUCCGGAUAUGAUUCCCAUCCCAGAAGAAUGCCCAACAGGUCCCACAAAUCCCUACGGAAAAACCAAGCUAGCAAUAGAAGAAAUUUUAGAGGACCUACACGCUAGCGAACCAGAAAAAUGGAGAUUUGCAGUCCUUCGGUAUUUCAACCCUAUUGGAGCGCACCCUUCGGGUCUCAUCGGUGAAGACCCCCUCGGCAUUCCAAAUAACUUGCUGCCAUACAUGGCUCAGGUGGCGGUAAAAAGAAGAGAAAAACUAUUUGUCUUCGGUAACAACUAUAGCUCACGCGACGGUACCCCAAUAAGGGACUAUAUCCAUGUGGUAGACUUGGCAAAAGGCCAUAUUGCCGCCUUGAAGUACCUUAAUGAGAUAAAAGGGGGACAGGGGCUGUGCCGUGCUUGGAAUUUAGGAUCUGGAACAGGAUCAACAGUUCUCGAGGUUUAUAAAGCGUUCUGCCACUCCUGUGGCAUUGAACUACCUUAUGAGAUAGUGGGGCGUCGGGCGGGCGAUGUUCUGAACCUCACUGCGAAGCCAGAUAGAGCCACAAGGGAGCUGAAGUGGACCACAAAUCUGAAAGUUUCAGAUGCAUGUGCAGAUCUUUGGAAAUGGACUACAAAAAAUCCUUAUGGGUAUCAGCUUCUUGGUGUUGUUGAUACGUUUUUUAACCAACCAGGUGAGUACGAAUCGCGCCUUAUCACGCUCGGGAGAGGAUCCGGGUUCGAAGUGUCACUCAGCAACAUCGGGGCUACUAUCGUUGAUUUAAGAGUUGACGGGAAACCCGUUGUCCUGGGCCUAACCAGCGAGGCGGAAUAUCUUGACAGCUCUAAUCCAUAUUUAGGGGCCACUAUUGGCCGCUACGCAAACCGUUUGCGUGAUGGCAAGUUUAAUGUUAAGGGAGUUGAUUACCUUCUAGAUCUUAAUGAACAGUGGUCAACAGUCCACAGCUCCUCACAGUCAUACCAUAGGCGUCGUUUUCUCGGUCCCUUGAUCCUCAACCCUAUGAAGCACCAGUAUUUUGCUAAAUACGUUCUUUUGGAUUCUAAUACCCAGUUUCCAGGAGAGGUUUUGGCCAGCGUGACAUACAGCUUAGAUGUCAGAGCAAAGGAGUUACAAAUCCAAUACGAAGGACGCCUUUUAAAUGGCGAUACCACCAUCAUGAACCUAACGAAUCACAGCUACUUCAAUCUUAAUGUGUUUCAAAAUGCUUCUUACAAUGGCACAGAGAUCCAACUAUUCUCUGAUCAAGCUGUUGAGCUUGAUGAUGCUAAAUGUCCAUCCGGCCGUAUUGUUAAGGUCUCAGGCCCUUCAUCGUUCACUUUGGAUGAAUGCGAACCUCCGUUUGAUACUUGUUUUGUUACUGGGACUGUUCCCUGCAUCGAUACUCGUGCAAAUGAGCUUAAACCUGUCCUCAAAGCCCAGCACCCCGAGUCUGGACUCAAACUGAUAAUAUCUACGACGGAGCCAAGUUUCCAAUUUUACACUGGAGGACCUGGUAUCCUGAAGGGCUACGGAAAGAAAUCAGGGUUUUGCUGUGAGCCUGGAAGAUUCAUCAACGCUGCAAAUGUUCCCGAGUGGAAAGAGGCAGUCACUCUCGAAAGCAGUGCGGUUUAUGGCUCUAAAACAUCGUACAAUUUUGGCUGA